AUGACCAAUCUAAUUACGACCUACUUUCACCCCGCUACACCAAUCUCACCUGACAACAUUGUUUUCGCAAAUGGCGUGACAAGCCUCAACGCCCUCUGUGCUCUCAGUCUAACCAAUCCCGGCGACGGAAUUUUACUAGGUCAACCUAUCUACGGGUCCUUCACGGGAGAUCUCCGCGUUCCCUCGGACUGCCAACUAAUCUACACUCCCUUCCACGGGGACGACCCAUUUAGCCCAGAUGCUGUGGCUCGAUAUGAGGAGACCUUCCUACAAGCGCGAGAUGAGACAGGGGUAACAAUAAAGGCCCUCCUGAUUUGUAACCCGCACAACCCGCUUGGUCGAUGCUACUCUCGCGAGACACUGGAGGCGCUAUUGCUGUUCUGUCAGAAGUACCAGAUCCAUCUCAUCAGUGACGAGGUUUACGCACUAUCGGUGUACGGGGACAGUGAUCCUGUUGGCUUUGUUUCUGUUUUGUCAAUUGACGCUGUCCCGCUCGGGGUGGAUCCGGCCCUAAUCCAUGUGCUAUAUGGGAUGUCGAAAGAUUUCGCUGCAGCGGGGCUACGGCUGGGAUGUUUGAUUAGCCAUAAUGAGAGGCUUUUACAAGCGGCUUUAUCAAUGAGUCGAUUCCAUUGGCCGUCGAAUAUAUCCUGCAGUAUUGCUACCGCUGUUCUCGAGGACCAAGACUUUGUGGGGACAUUUCUCCAGAAAAGUUGUCAAUUACUUCGUUCACAUCGGGAUUUAGCUGGACAAGCCUUGCAGGAGGCGGGCAUUCCUUUUGCACAAGGCAGUAUUGCUGGAUUUUUCCUAUGGAUUGACCUGUCCAAGUGCUUGGAUAACACUAUUGUCACUAGUCAAGGCGAGUGGACUGCAGAGUUAGAUUUGUCCCGCCGGCUGCAACAGAUUGGGGUGGUGAUGUCGUCGGGACAUGCCUAUCAUAAUGAGGUUGCAGGCUGGUUCCGCGUCAUCUUCUCAGUAGAGGUGGAAAGACUAAAGCUUGGUUUAUCAAGGAUUAUCGAAUUCUAUCAUAGCUCAAAUAGCAAUAUUUAG